CAAACCACAACAAUGACCAACUCGACGUGCGCGGCAGGAUCCUGCACGUACAAUAGAAGAAAUGUUCGAAAGCUUAAGCUGGACAUUGUGUUCCAUACGUUUCCGCGCGAUCCGGUACUGAGAAAGAAAUGGAUCCGGUUUUGCAGACGCGAAUCGGAAUGGGUACCGAAAUCGAAUGAAGCGAUCUGUUCCACCCAUUUCCGCAAGGAAGACUAUCAGAUGGCUAAUUCGCCGCUGAUGUUGACGCCUGGACCGAGCAGCUUCCGAAGACUACAUUUGACCGCGAUACCAACGAUCUGGAAGGGUAAGGCCAUACCGAUCGAGAAGCAAAAGAAGAUGGACGAGAAGGCUCGACAACAACUGUUGGAGGAGCUGUACAGUAAGGACGCGAUGGUGCGAGAUAACGAUCAUUCGUAUGAAGACGUGUAUAAUAUAGGCUCGUUAAAGAAUAAGCUGCCAAAACUGUUGGACAAACCAGUGUACAAUUUGCAAAAAUUUCCCAACAUCUGUACGCUCUGCUUCAAGCCCAUCGAUGACGAAAGUUUAUUCUCGCCGUUUAAUUCGUACCACAACGAGCUAGAGUGUACGGUCCAGCAGAUGUUUGAGGAAAUUACAGAUGAACCAUUCAAUCAAACGGAGAUGGCAAACAUCCAUCAUCUAGUGCCGGAUAAAGUGUGCACCGAAUGUUCGGAAGCAAUCAUAACCUUCUACCAGUAUCGAAAACAGUUAAAGUGUCUGGGAAAGUUUACCACGGGGAUGGCCCAUCUGGUGAAGGGAAACAGGAAACCGUUGAAAGCCCUCUACCAAGAGCAAGGACCAUACUUGGCGAAGCUGCUGCAAAGUCUUAAUGUGUGCCAAGGACCCGUGGACACGAUUACGUUCGAACGGCUCGAGCGAGAGGUCGCAACCUAUGGCCGUAUCGUGAAGUGCACACUAUACGUGCCACCUGUAAGAUUUCCACACCUAAAUAGCGCCGUAUCCCGACAUAGCGCAUCCAUUCCAUCGGGCGAUACCUCAACUACUGACGAUCAGUGCGAGGAACUGAUUGAUGAUGAAACGCUAGCAAAUAUAGAAAGUUUGCCUUCGGUCGCGAUCGAUCCGUCCGAUAGCUAUAAGCCGGAAGAACUGAUCAAGCCACGUGGACGACCGCGGAAGCGUAUGCUCGAGGGGGGGACCAGUACGAAAUUGAUGUGCCCCUAUCUGGACGUUUGUCGGGAAUGGUUCGCGGAUGAGGCGACGCUACAGAAGCACGUCAGCAAUGAUCAUAAAAUUUUCAAAUGCCGUGCCUGCGGUGCCAAGAUCAAGUUUUACGAUAUCUACAAGAAACACAUCGAAAGCCAUGCGAUCGCACGUGCACUGUUGCUGUGCCACAAUCAAAAAGGUUCGAACAAGGCAUCAAAGUGUGCUUCCUGCGGGAAAGCAUUCCAUAGCGAGGAACUUUUGCGGCGCCACGAAACGACCCACACCGGCGAACGGAACUUCGUCUGUGGCACGUGCCUAGGUGUGUACCUAACGAAUCACGAGUUUAGCAACCAUACGUGUACGACACAUAAGGCAAAGGAAAUCUCUACCGAAGAAUUAGCAAACGGGCAGGCAAUAGCUGGUGAUGAAGUUUUAGUAGAAACUUUGGAUGAAUGA